UGCACCGUGUGACAACAACAACCCGUCCACAGAGCAGGCAGCACUUUUCAGCCUCAUUUUCCCUGUGUCGUUCGUGCUCAAUCUUUGAUCAAUGUGCUGCCAGCGAGCGCCCGGGUCCUGCCAGCCUCCUCCUCUUCACCUUCAUCUCUCAACUUUGUGCUGAGACUUGUGGAAGACAAGAGACUCAGCCCCUGCCAGACACCCAUCCUAACAACCCGAGAGCAAGUGUCUGCCGGAGUGAGUGCACUUGUGGGGGCUGAGGGGUUACUCGUCCUCCCCCCGGGCCGGGUGUCACUCGUGUAUUGUGUGUAGUUCUCCGCUGUGGAACUUUCCCCUCCUUCUCCCGGCAGUAGCAGUGCCUCUUAUCAGUAGUGACUCUGGGAGGACUCCUAUGUGACCAUGGCCGUGCCGGCUGCUCUCAUCCCACCGACCCAGCUGGUGACCCCUCAGCCAGUCAUCUCCACGUCCGCGUCCUCCUCAGCCUCCGCUUCUCCCACUCCGUCUGUGGCUCCUUCUUCCUCGGGGCCAAGUCUGUACAGACCGGAGCCCAUAGCAGCCACCACGGUGACCUCCAGCAUCAGCAGCUCCGCUGCCACCAGUAUCAACCUAGUCAACAGCAGCAACACAGGGACAGCGGCGGCGGGGGGUGGUGGUGGGAACAGUACUAGCCCCAGCCUGGCCAACUGCAGCGGCCACCACCACAGCGCUGCCACCCCCAUCACCUCCAGCAGCACCACCUCAUCCACCUCCACCAGCAGCAGCAGUGCCCCCAGCACCAACCUGCCCGGCAAACCAGUCUACUCCACUCCCUCCCCAGUGGAAAACAUCCCCCAGAACAAUGAGUGCAGGAUGGUGGACCUCAGAGGAGCCAAGGUGGCCUCCUUCACAGUGGAGGGCUGUGAGCUCAUCUGCUUGCCCCAGGCUUUUGACCUCUUCUUGAAGCAUCUGGUGGGGGGGCUUCACACCGUCUACACCAAGCUCAAGAGGCUGGAGAUCACCCCAGUGGUGUGUAACGUGGAGCAGGUCCGGAUCUUGAGAGGAUUGGGGGCCAUUCAGCCAGGAGUCAAUCGCUGCAAACUCAUUUCCAGGAAGGAUUUUGAGACCUUGUACAAUGACUGCACAAACGCAAGCUCCAGACCAGGAAGACCUCCAAAACGGACACAGAGCGUGACCUCACCAGAGAAUCCCCAUAUUAUGCCCCACAGUGUGCCUGGCCUAAUGUCCCCUGGGAUGAUCCCACCCACAGGUCUAUCAGCAGCGGCUGCAGCUGCUGCGGCUGCGACCAAUGCAGCAAUAGCUGAAGCAAUGAAGGUUAAGAAAAUCAAGUUAGAAGCUAUGAGCAACUACCACAGCAGCAAUACACAGCACGGUGCAGACUCAGACAAUGGGGAUCUCAAUUCAAGUGUUGGGAGCAGUGAUGGUUCUUGGGAGAAAGAAAAACUUCAGUCUCUCCCUACCCAAGGAUCACAAGCCUCUGUUAACCAUGCCACCUUGCCUGGACAGCAUAACCUUCCAGUUAAUCAUCCUCUCAACUCUCUACAACAGAAUCACCUUCUGCCAAAUGGUACGACAUGCUGCCAUUCAUCCCUCAUAAGGCAACAAAUUUUAUCAGGUCUGGAACUUCCUUUUAUGAUGAUGCCCCAUCCACUAAUUCCUGUAAGCCUACCUCCAGCCUCUGUUACCAUGGCUAUGAGCCAGAUGAACCACCUCAGUACCAUUGCAAAUAUGGCUGCAGCUGCACAAGUACAAAGUCCUCCAUCCAGGGUUGAAACAUCUGUAAUAAAGGAACGGGUUCCAGAUAGUCCAUCCCCUGCACCUUCGCUAGAAGAUGGCCGAAGACCGGGUAGCCACCCUUCAUCUCACAGAAGCAGUAGCGUUUCUAGUUCUCCAGCACGGACUGAAAGUUCAUCGGAUAGAAUUCGUAUGUCAUAUACUUCUAUACAUUUCCAAACUAUCCAUCAAAAUGGCCUCUCCAUGAAUCAGAUGUUGAUGGGUUUGUCUCCAAACAUUAUACCUGGGCCAAAAGAAGGAGAUCUGGCUGGCCAUGAAGCAGGGCAUGAGGCAAAAAGGAUACAUAUGGAGAAAGAUGAGACCCCGCUCUCAACACCAACUGCGAGAGACAGCUUUGACAAACUCUCUCUGUCUGGACAUGGGCAACCACUACCUCCUGGUUUUCCUUCUCCAUUUCUAUUUCCUGAUGGGCUGUCUUCUAUAGAGACACUUCUGACUAAUAUCCAGGGUUUGUUAAAGGUUGCAAUAGAUAAUGCAAGAGCGCAAGAGAAACAGGUACAGAUGGAAAAGACAGAGCUAAAGAUGGAGCUAUUCAGGGAACGAGAAUUGAGGGAAACCCUAGAAAAACAAUUAGCGGUAGAACAAAAGAACAGAGCAAUAAUUCAAAAAAGACUGAAGAAAGAAAAGAAGGCAAAAAGGAAAUUGCAAGAAGCCUUGGAAUUUGAGACAAAACGAAGAGAGCAAGCAGAGCAGGCACUCAAACAAGCAGCAUCUUCAGAAGGACUCAGGGUCCUGAAUGAGGCUUUGACCCCGGAGAUAGAAUCUGACCGCAAUGGGGCCAGAACAGAUGCUGAAAGGACAAUACAAGAUGGAAGACUAUAUUUAAAGACCAGCGUUAUGUACUGAAGACAGAUAUGCAACAAUUGAAGACUCUGUGGGAACAUUCUGUAGACUAAUUGCAAAGUCUGAAGGAUGUAAAUGCUUUGCAAGUGAAAACACUCCAUUGCUAUACAGAUGUUCCUUGAAUAUACAGCAUUGCCAGACUGGUGACCUGUGACUACUGGAGAGUCGGAAAGGUUUCAUAACUAUUGGUAGCACUCCACUUGUUGGACUUCUUGUGAGAUGUUGCUGCAACUCUGUAAAGACUUUAACUAUCAACAACCGAGACCCAUUGUUCUUCUAUCGUGUUUUUAAAGGAACUUGUAUAUUUCUUUAACUGAGCACACCAGAACUUUCCAGCAGCGUCCACUUAAAAAUCUGAAAUGUUUUCUCACACCUAAACCAGCAGAGAUGGUUUGAUAGGAAGAUUCCUUAAAAAGGGCAUGCACUAAAACGGAAAAUCAAGAAAACAAAAGUUAACAAAAAUUUGUACUUAGUAAAACAUUUUCUUCAUAACACUUUUAUUCUACAAUGGAAACCACCUGCUCUUGGAAACUGAACUACUGUAUUUAACAAAACAAACUCUUUUUGCUGAAUGUAAACUAUUGACUUUGUGUUCUUGAGCCUCUUGUCCAGAAUCAACCAAACAAUGAGUAUAACUCUUUUCACCACCGAGAGGAUCGGGAAAAAUAAUUUGUUUAUUUGUGUUGCAGGCCACUUGUACAUAGACAUGGUCACACAGAAGGUAUUAUGUAUGCAGUAGACUACUAGUGAUUAGGAAGAUAAUUUUAGACAAUAUGUUUUGUCACUCUGUUGGUUCUUAAGAAGCCUUUAUAGUUUUAACGCAUGCAGGCAUGUACAUAUUUGUCCUGAAGUCACAGUAUUAAUUCAAAAAUUUAAGAAUCUGGUGGAGAUAAGAGUUAACAUCAGCCAGUUUUAUUUGUAUAUUAAGUCGCACAGCCCUGAAACAUAUCUCAUAGGGUUGGUAUCUGGCCGAUGAGCAAGUCGAGACACCAGACAUAUUUUUAUAGAAUUCUUUUAAUUUGAAAGUUCUUCAAUAACAAACCCUGAACACUUGAUAUACUUCCACUAAUACUGAGUAUUGACAGAUUACUGUCAACCCACUACUGUAUGGUAUGAUCACUGCCCAUCUUCUUAUUGUAGCUGUACAUUGUAGUGUUAAAGGGAGAUCUAUUUUGACUUUUUUGAUGUGUUAACUAAAACAACAUCUUUUCAUUAUAAGUAACUGGAAAAAAUAAAUAUCAGAACAUUGUUUUAGGAAGCCAACCUCCCUAGAUUUCACAUAAUUUUUCUAAUUUCUGUGUACCCCUUUAAAGACUGAACUCAUAAAUUAGUCCUAGGAAGUGUACAAAUUUUGGUUUCUACACAUAUCUAGUUUUAUGCACAUAAAAUGUAAUUUAUUUUGUUAUAACACAUUAAAAGUUGUUUUUAAUGUCAAAUCUGAAAUUUUAUUCCUGUAACAUUUCAUUUCAGCCUGGUAAUGAUGAGUAUUGUUUGUGUUUUAAAACAACUGGAGCUUGUAAAGUCUUCCAUAUUGUACUCCCAACAUAACUUUUCUGUGCAAGAACCUGAACUAUACAUUUCAAUUCACGCUGUAAUUUUUAAAUAAAAUAUUGUAUAUACAAUUUCACAUCCUUUUUAUGAACCAAGCAAUAUUUUUCAAUAAAAUAUUG